AUGUCGUCGAAACCAAACAACCUCUACAUGUCCAACGGGCAGGUUCUGGACAAACCCCCACUGACCGUCCGUCUCUCCCGCUUCGUCGAAAACAUCUAUGUCUUCUUUGGCCUCUACUUCGUGAGCCUAUUCUCCUUCGACCCCUACAGCGCCGCCCAAAACUCCAAGUUCAACGUCGUCAGCUCCCCGAAUCGAUCAAAUACGCGGUCCCGCUGGGGUGGAAGUAGUGGUGGCGGUGGCGGUGGUAGCGGCGGCGGCGGUCCAGGCGGUCCCGGUGGGUUUGGACCGCGACGGAUUGGCCGGGUGGACGAUGUUCGCGGGCCGGAGUGUAAGAGCUGUGGCUAG